AGUGGCAUUCAUCAUUGCCUACUGGCAGCUGAAAGAGAAAGCCAGGUUGGACUGGACCCAGGUAGACCGCUCUCCUACGGAGCCAUGUUGCUGUGGUCAUUAUGGAGUUCAAUAUUGCUACUGACCCCUCUGAAGGCUGCAGAAGAGGAAGAUGUCCGUGCAGGCUGCAGCACAGCUGUAAAUGACCUGGUCUAUAUUGUUGAUGGCUCAUGGAGUGUUGGCUUCUCUGACUUUGACACGGCCAAGCAGUGGCUCAUCAACAUCACCAGCCAGUUUGACAUCAGUUCCCACUACACACAGGUGGCUGUGAUUCAGUACAGCGACACUCCUCGUCUGGAGAUUCCUCUGGGGAAACACCAGGGUGGAGGGCAGCUCAUCCAGGCCAUACAGAGCAUCACCUACCUGGGAGGAAACACACAGACUGGCAGGGCCAUCAAGUUUGCCGUGGACCAUGUCUUCUCUUCCUCCCAAAGAUCCAGCCAGGUCAAGAACCGCAUCGCUGUGGUGGUUACUGAUGGCAAAUCUCAGGAUGAUGUGGUGGAUGCCAGUAUGGAGGCACGAGCUCAGGGCAUUACAGUAUUCGCUGUUGGAGUUGGCAGUGAGAUCACCACAUCGGAGCUUGUAUCCAUCGCCAAUAGACCAUCAUCCACCUAUGUCCUUUAUGCCGAAGAUUACACCACCAUUGACCAUAUUCGAGAGUCCAUGGAGCAAAAGCUCUGUGAAGAGUCUGUGUGUCCAACGCGAAUCCCGGUGGCAUCUCGUGAUGAGAAAGGCUUUGAGCUGAUGCUGGGCAUGAAAAUUCAGAAGAAGGCCAAGGAGAUCCCUGGCUCUCUAGUUUCUGAGGCAGCCUACGCACUGACUGUCUCCACAGACAUUACUGAGAACACCAGGGAUAUUUUCCCAGAAGGCCUCCCUCCAUCCUAUGUGUUCGUAGCGACCCUGCGUCUAAAGGGGUCUUCUAGCAUGCUGACCUUUGACCUGUGGAGGGUGCUGUCUAAAGAUAAAGAGAUCCAGGCCGCAGUGACACUAAAUGGAAAGGACAAAAGUGUCAUCUUCACCACCACCACCACCACCACCACCAGUAUCACAGAAAAGGAGCAGAGUGUCACCUUUAAAGCAGGCUUUCAGACUCUGUAUGAUGGAAAGUGGCAUCAGCUGAAACUCCUGGUAAGACCCCGCCAGGUCUCCAGUUUCCUUGACGAUCGGCACAUCCAGGAUAUAAUGCUGAAACAGGUGGAGCCUAUUUACAUCAACGGGGAGACACAGGUUGCUAAAAGGCGAGGAACAGACAUCACUGUGCCUGUGGAGAUUCAGAAGCUGCGUCUGUACUGUGAUCCCCAUCAGAGUGAGAGAGAAACAGCUUGUGAGAUCUACUCCGUGGAUGAUGAAAGGUGUCCUCUGAAUCGGACAGCCACAGUGGAGGAAGAAGACUGCAACUGUGCCGUCAGUCCACAAGGGCCGCGCGGCCUGCCAGGACCCAUGGGUUUCCGAGGCGAAAAAGGGAGGGAAGGACCACCAGGACCUGAUGGUAAGCCUGGUAAAGAUGGGGAACCUGGGGAAUCUGGCCUUCCUGGAUUACCAGGGAUGAAGGGUGAAGCUGGCCCGGCAGGACUAAGAGGGGAGCCCGGUCUAAAAGGUAGCAAGGGAGACAGAGGGGAACCAGGCUCAUCAGGAGAACCAGGACCCCCAGGACCCAUGGGUCUUCCUGGUGAGAGAGGCGAGCUAGGGCCUCCAGGACAAGCUGGACCAGUGGGGGAGCCAGGACUACCAGGCACCGGCGGACUGAUUGGGCCACCAGGACCAAAGGGAGAGAAGGGAGUCAGUGGUGCUGCUGGAGCUGCUGGAGCUCAUGGCGCCCCGGGCGAGAGAGGCUUGCCAGGGCCACAAGGACCACCUGGACUAACUGGAACUCUGGGAACCCAGGGCCCCCGGGGACUGCCCGGAGAGAUUGGCCAAGAUGGUCCCAAGGGGACGUCUGGAGACCCAGGGGUCACAGGUCCUAUUGGUCCACCAGGCCAGAAGGGCUCAAGAGGAGAGUCAGUUUUCCAGGGCCGCCGGGUGCCAUGGGGAUGCCAGGGUUCAAAGGUCACAAGGGGGACAGAGGUGAGACGGGCUCUAAAGGACACCAGGGGGAGCCAGGCAGAGAUGGAGAUCCAGGGACUCCUGGUGUACCUGGAACGGUCCAGCGGAGCGGCGCCGAGGGAACUAGCCAGACAAGGAAAACGAGUCUACAGGCCCUCAAGAACCACCGCCACAGCCUCCCACCGUCAUCCUCCCAUCGAUCCAUCCUCCCCACCUUUCAUCCUCCCCAUUCGUCAUCCGCCCCAAGGGAGUCAUCCUCCCAUCGUCAUCCUCCCACCUUCAUACUCCCAUCGUCAUCCUCCCACUGUCAUCCUCCCACUGUCAUCCUCCCACCGUCAUCCUCCCACGCAUCCCCGUCAUCCGCCCAUCGUCUCCAUCAUCCCCACCUUCAUCCUCCCACUGUCCUCCUCCCACCUUCAUCCUCCCACCGUCAUCCUCCCAUCGUCAUCCUCCCACUGUCAUCCUCCCGCCGUCAUCCUCCCACUGUCCUCCCGCAUCCCGUGUCUCCAUCCAUCCCCAAACUUAACAGGAGUGAUAGGUGACGUUGGCCACAGGGGGCCUGAAGGAAAGAAAGGGGACAUGGGCCACAUGGGUGCUGUUGGCCCCAGGGGAUUUCCUGGUCAUGACGGGUUUCCAGGCCAACCAGGCCAACCAGGAUAUCCUGGGAAACCUGGCAAGCCUCCUUCAGAUGAACAUCUUCUAAAGCUCUGCACAGAUGUUCUGCGUAAUCAACUCCCAGCACUACUCCAGACCCUGGCCCCCCCAGCUAGGUGUGAACCAUGCCAGAGCUUGAAGGGACCCGCAGGCGAGCCAGGAGCCUCAGGACCCAAAGGCUCCAUGGGCACUCCAGGCUACCCUGGCAGGAGUGGCACUCCCGGUUACCCAGGACCUUCUGGAAUGCAGGGCCCUGCAGGCCUCAAAGGUGAUAUGACCCAUCCUCUUUUAAGGGAAUAA